UUAGCGGGCUGGGGGAGGGUGGGGGAUGGCGCGGACCCCCGGGCCGGCUCCGCUGUGUCCCGGAGGCGGCAGAACACAACUUUCCUCCGCUUCUCCCCCCGGUAUCGGGCUCCUGCUGCCGCCACCGACGCCUCCGCCGCUGCUACUGGUGCUUUUCCCGCUGCUGCUCUUCUCUCGGCUCUGUGGUGCCUUAGCUGGACCGAUUAUUGUGGAGCCACAUAUCAUAGCAGUAUGGGGAAAGAAUGUGUCAUUGAAAUGCUUCAUUGAAGUUAAUGAAACUAUAACACAAAUUUCAUGGGAGAAGAUACAUGGCAAGAGUUCACAGACUGUUGCAGUUCAUCAUCCUCAAUAUGGAUUCUCUGUUCAAGGGGAAUAUCAGGGAAGAGUCUUGUUUAAGAACUAUUCACUUAAUGAUGCAACAAUUACUCUACAUAACAUAGGAUUCUCUGAUUCUGGAAAAUACAUAUGCAAAGCUGUUACAUUCCCAGGUGGAAAUGCUCAGUCCUCUACAACUGUAACUGUUUUAGUUGAACCCACUGUGAGCCUGAUUAAAGGGCCAGAUUCUUUAAUUGAUGGAGGAAAUGAAACAGUAGCAGCCAUUUGUACAGCAGCCACUGGCAAACCAGUUGCACAUAUUGAUUGGGAAGGUGAUCUUGGUGAAAUGGAAUCUACUACAACUUCUUUUCCAAAUGAAACAGUGACGAUUGUCAGCCAGUACAAGCUGUUUCCAACCAGAUUUGCUCGAGGAAGACGAAUUACCUGUGUUGUAAAGCAUCCAACCUUGGACAAAGACAUUCGAUAUUCUUUCAUAUUAGAUAUACAGUAUGCUCCUGAGGUUUCUGUAACAGGAUAUGAUGGGAAUUGGUUUGUAGGAAGAAAAGGUGUUAAUCUCAAGUGUAAUGCUGAUGCAAACCCGCCGCCCUUCAAAUCUGUGUGGAGCAGGUUGGAUGGACAAUGGCCAGAAGGUUUAUUGGCUUCAGACAAUACUCUUCAUUUUGUCCAUCCACUGACUUUCAAUUACUCGGGGGUUUAUGUUUGUAAAGUGACCAAUUCCCUCGGUCAAAGAAGUGAUCAAAAGGUCAUUUACAUUUCAGAUGUUCCGUUUAAGCAGACCUCUUCAGUAGCUGUAGCUGGAGCUGUAAUUGGAGCUGUCCUUGCCAUUUUCAUCAUUGCUAUCUUUGUGACUGUUCUGCUGACUUCUCGAAAAAAGAGACCAUCCUAUCUUGACAAAGUGAUUGAUCUUCCACCUACCCAUAAACCACCUCCUGUGUAUGCAGAAAGACCCCCCCCCGUGCCUCAGAAAGACCUUCAGCAUCAGACUGAACCCUUGCCUUUGCAGACUCAGUUCAAAAAGAGAGAAGUUGGCACUCUUCAGCUGUCUAAUGGACUAAAUAGCAGGAGAUUUGACUAUGAAGAUGAGAAUCCAGUGGGGGUAGAUGAGAUUCAGCAGAUGUACCCCCUUUACAAUCAGAUGCACUACCAAGACUGGAGCUCUGGCAAACAUCAUCAAAAUGAUGACCGGGAGAGAGUCUACGUCAACCCGCAAGAACAUUAUGUGUGAUUUUUCUCUUUUUUCAAUGGGUGUUCUAACAAAUGUCUAUUCUUAGACUUGGGGAGAGAAACUGAGGCCAAUUGUUAUUAUUUUAUUCUCUCUCAUAUAAAACAAUCCCAAUCUGUGUGUAUUAGAAGUCUUGAUGAAUAACUUGGAGCCAGUGGUGAACUUCUUUCCUUCAUUAAGGGUUUCUCACCCACCAGCUGUGUUUGUGAACUUGACUAUAGCUUUGUGUGUUUCCAUGGUGGUGGUGUUUUAACUACUAACAUUUGGUCUACAAUGGCAUGUUCAUUUAAAAGUACAGCAUCUGCCUAUGAUGACUGCAGUAAUUCUCCAGAAAGAAAGGCCACAGCUGGUAGUAUUAACCUCACUAGGUUAAUAGGAAGACCAGCCUAUUUAUCUGUAAUUCAGACAAGCAGAAAAAUGAGUUCAGAAUCCAUUUCACUAAUUAUUUCUCAGGAAUUUGGUUUUCCCUGACAUACAUAAUACAAUUACAAUAUCUGUGUAUAAACAGAGGCCUGAAGAAGAGGCAGAAUUUACUCUUUAUCCAUAAAAAAAAAAAAAAAAAAAAAAAAAAAAAAAGGCAGUUUAAACCAUCAAAUCUGUUGGUUGCUUUUAACCCUUGUGAUAUUAUAUGUUAACUUUUGGUGGUUUCUAAGUUCCCAAGGGAUAUACAUUUCUUGCUAUUAUUUUCCUAUUCUUGAUCACCUGGGUACUGACAAAGGUUCUCUUGCUCUGACAUUUUCUUGCAGUCCUGUUCUUUACUAGCCAGAUUUUUUUUAACCACCUAUUAAAUUCUAAAAACCCUGUCCAAAUGUUAUAAAGCCUUUAGCAUAGUUCCUCUUUUCUGUGGUAUUGUACAGAAAUUGUUUCCAACUAACUCCAUCCACACAGGCUUUAGUUACUGUUCUGCAUCCUUCAGAUUACUUAUUGUUCAUGUUUUAUCUACCUCAGUAAAGCCUGCUGAAGAACCACCAUGAAAUAACUCCUUUUAAAACCAGAUGGGAAAUUUGAAAACUUAAAAAGAAAAAAACAGCCAUUUCAGUAUGACAUAUGUCAUAAACCCAGGUUGUUCUUUAUCUCUCCUAACCUUCUUUACCUGGUCAAUAAAAGUAAAGAGAUGCUAAAAAGCAA